AUGGCCCCACUUUGGCUCAGUGCCUUCGCUCUUCUCGAUGUCCUUAUCGUCAUUGGCAACAUGUUGACCAUCCUCACAUUUAUCCACAGUCCCCACCUCCGCAGGCGCAGCAUGUAUCUCAUAAUCAACCUUGCCGUUGCAGAUCUUCUGAUUGGUCUAAUCCCACUGCCAAUCUUCUUUUCUGGUUUCUACUAUGGGUUUAUCGUAAAAUUAGGAAUUCCACGGCUUCUUGCUUUACUCCAUACUCCUCUUGACAGCUGGUUAGGGCUUGUUUCAAUAUUUAACCUGGUAUUGAUUUCCAUUGAGCGCCUGCUCGCUAUGGUUUUUCCGCUGAGGAAUCGCAGGAUAAGUGGCCGUGUCUAUCGCUACAUCAUAUCUGUGAGCUGGCUUUUGCCAGGAAUUAUCGUAGGGCUACACAGCUGGGUUAUGUUCCAUGGAUAUAGAUUUACUUCACUAAACAUUUCAAUCGAAUUAGCAGAAUUCACAGUCUUGUUACACUACUUAAAUUCGGUUAUAAAUCCAAUAUUUUAUGUUGGUAGGAUUUCUGAAUUCAAGAGAUCACUCAUCAAGUUGCUAUGCAAACGAUGUCGCAAUGAUGACGUCAGAGAUCUUUAUAUCUCAACAAACAAGACUUCACAGCAAGUCAACUCACGGCUGUAGUAUAAACCAUAAUUAGGGAAGUGCUUCCCUGCCAUAAUCAAGGAAGAUAUAGCACCCAGAAACAAACAAUCAUGAAGACUUUUUCCAUUUCAAUCUUAGCAUGUCCUACCAAAAAACGAAUACUAGCACGGGCGCUAAGA